AUGGGGAAUUGGAAGGGACGUGCGCGGAUGGGGGAGCAGCGGAAGGAUGCGGGGUCCCGCAGAGGGCGGAUCGAAGGGCGGGUGGGGCGUGGGGACGGCUGCGGCGGGAGCGACGAUGGCGGCGGAGUGCCUGGAGGUGGGGCGGCGACUGCAGCAGGCCAUGUGGGACAUCGAGCAGCGGUGAGCAGCGAGCAGGGAGCGGUGAGAGCAGCGGUGAGAGCAGCGGUGAGAGCAGCGGUGAGCGGAGCGGUGAGAGCGGCGGUGAGAGUGGCGAGUGGGGGAGAGAAGGGAUGGGAUGGCAGAACAAGCUGUGGCGUGGAAGUGGUGCAGAAGAGGAGCGCACUGCUUCCUGGUGCUGCUGGCGAAGCUGCUGGCGGGCAGGACACUCACCUGUGUCCCCACCGCGCCACUGUUGCCCCCACCACCCCGGCCCCCCUUCUCUCCCCCAGCUACGGCGUGGACGUGGUGCAGAGGAGCUUCGCGUUUGACCCGCCGCUGCACCGCUUCCUGGUGCUGCUGGCGAAGCUGCUGGCGGGGCGGGCGCUCACGGUGGUGGCGGUGGGCGGCUCCAUCUCCGCCGCGGGCCACCUGCUGGGCGGCGUCAUGCACGGCACCGGCACGUAUGGCCAGGCGCUCGUUGAUUGGCUGCAGCAGGUGCGUGUGUGGUUGUGGGAUGGGCAAGAGGAGGAGGGCCGCGGGCCACCUGCGAGGCGGCGUUAUGCACGGCACGGGAACAUAUGGCCAGGCGCUUGUGGACUGGCUGCAGCAGGUGCGCUUGUGGACUGGCUGCAGCAGGUGCGUGGUUGUUGUGGGAUGGGCGAAAGAGGAGGGGGAUGGGGGAGGGUAGGGGAGAGUCUGGAGUAUGUGUUCCCGACACCGCCCUCAACCCCUCCGCACCGUCUCAUCCGGGCCUUCCUGCCCGGGGCGGGGUCAUUCGUGCUGCACUUCUGCACGGGGGAGCUGGUGGGGGCGCUGUGGGCGGACGGGGACGAGCAGCGGCGCGCAGCGGGGGAGGCGGACAUAGUGCUGCUGGAGUGCGCCGCCAAUGACUGGUCCGUGCUGCAGCCCGGCAUGACCCCGCCCCCAGAGGGCACACAGUACGCAGCAGCGGAGGGUCUGGUGCGUCAGGUGCUACGGCUGCCAUCGCACCCGCUGGUGCUCUUCCUCAACUUCGGGGUCUUCCAUCCACACCACCCGCUGCUCUCCGCCUUCCACCACUCCGCCGAGGCGCUGCUCAACCACCUCUCAGCCUACUACAGCGUCCCCGCUGUCAGCCCCUGGCGAGCCUACUUCCCCCUCCUUGCCACCGCAGCGUCCCCAACCUGCCCCGCCUCGGACGAACCUUCUUCCGAGCCUGCCGCCAAGCCUCGCGUGCUGUCCCCGCCGUCAUCUGAGCCUGCGGAGAACCUGACGUGGGCGCACAUGUUUGUGGACCGCGUGCAUCCCUCGGCUGCCGGCCACGGCAUGGCAGGCAGCCUGGCGGCCCACCGCAUCUUCUCCCUCGCCCUGCACUACCUGCGCCGUGAGGGCCUCGCUGUCUCCCGCCACCACCUGCGCCUCGACUGGGUGGAUGGCAAGGCGGCCCCCUCCACCCAGUCCGCGCUCCUCUGCCCGCCCACCUCCCUGUGCCGCAAGUGCUUCGGUGACCUGGGCUUCUCGGCCCUCGGCCCGCCACUCUCGGCGCCCUGCAUGCUGCCGCCGUUGCAGAGCGCGGCCGACCCGCACCCACGCUGUGUGCUGGGCAACACCUGGAACGUCACGGCCGUGGGCGCAGUAGAGUUCCCCGAGGGGUACACGGCUGUUAGAGAGGCUGCUUCUAAAGGGGAUGCGGCGAGUGUAAAGAGGAUUGCGGAGGCGAAUGCGACAUGGGUGCAGGAGGCGUGUGGACCGCUGGUGCCGCAGAUCCUGUGCUGGAAGGCCCAGGCUGCCCGCGCUCCUCUGCGUGUGGCUGUGGAUGUGCGGGGGGCUGCACGGGGCAUAGGCGUGGUGUACAAGAUGCUGGACUGGCAGAAGCAGGAGCACAAGAUGGACGGUGCAGAUGUAAAGGCGUCACCACAAAUAGAGGACGUGUCUUUCUCCCUCCUCUUCUCCCUUGCAGUUCCCCCCUUCCAGAAGCUUCCGACCCACUCGAAAGUUGAGCUGUCUCAACACGGGUGCGGAUCUGGUCGGAGCUCGCGCUCUUUACAGGAAGCCGGGAAGGAGAAUUCCUGGAAGGCCUGA